AUGUACUCAUCAUCACCUCUUGACAUUGGGCAACAGGCUCCGGUCACUGGGAUUCCCGUUGCCCCAACAAACCAACAAUAUCCUACCCAAAGAUACACGCCGACAGCCGUGAAGGUCCCUUGGUCCACCGGACUCUAUGACUGCACCGCCGAUGUUCCAAACUGUUGCCUCACAUGUUGGUGUCCUUGCAUUACCUUUGGGCAUAUUGCUGACAUCGUCAGCCAAGGAUCAAUCUCUUGUAGAGCAAGUGGGGCCUUCUUCGUAUUGCUUAGUAUUUUGACGGUGUGUAUUUCCAAUCGCAUUUACUCUUACACCUAUCGAGCUAGACUACGGAGUCAAUACAUCUUGGAAGAGAGCCCUUGCAGGGAUUGCUACCUUCAUUUUUGGUGCGAGGCUUGCGCCUUGUGUCAAGAAUACCGCGAGCUCAAAAACCGUGGCUUUGAUGUUUCCCUUGGAUGGCAUGGAAACUGGGAGAGGCAGAAAAUUUUGGGGGUGCCAAUGCCAAUGCCAAUGGCAAUGGCUCCUGCAGAGAUGGAAACCGGCAUGAGAAGAUAA